AUCAAAACUAAAAGGUCUGAGUGACUCCGUUUUUGUUCUGGUGCACAAGCCUAGGUUGAGAAAACUGGGAAUAUGGCGACAACGGAUGAGACGGCAAGUUCAGGUGGAUUGGUCAUCGCCAACAGUGAAACCAUCCGCUCUUUCCUACGGUCGGCCUCCAAGGAUUCAAAUCUCACCGACGAGCUCCGAAAAUCUGCUUCCAAUCUCUUGUCUCAGACCUCUGUUCCAUACAAAUCACUGAGGACUAUUUGGUUUGCAUCUCCCUCUUCCACAAGACCUAAGCUUCUUCAGCUCUUCUCGGGCUCUGAUUUCGUCUUCUCCAGCCCCAAACCCAGGGAGAAGAGUGAAGAGUUGAAGGUGAGGUUGAGAAGGCUUGAAGAAUUGGCAGAACAAAAGGCUUAUGAAGAGAUCGUUAAGGAUAUAACGCCGGAGAAGUCUACUAAUGAACCAUUCUCAUCCUACAAAGAUCAAUUAGGGUUCGGACUGCAUGUUGUUCUUACAAUGUUUACUGGUUACUUGGUUGGAUAUGCUGCUUUCAGGGCUCUGUUCAAUCACAGUCCUAUCAUGAAUGCUGCUGGAGGUAUCCUUGGACUGGUGGGUGGUAUGCUGCUGGAAACACUUCUUUUCAUAAUUAGAACUUCUCAGGAUUUGAGAUCCUCACCUUCCACCUCAAAGCUAAAGAAGAAUCAAUAGGAAGUUUCUAGAGGCUAGAAUCUUGUGCAUUAUUUGUUGCAACAUUCGGAGAAAUAAUGACGAAUUGUAUUCCUUGUACAUUCCAACUAAUGCAACUUCUUAUCCAUCCAA